AUGGCGACUUCCUCCACCACGUCUGAGUUGUCGCGAACCCGCGCCAAUCAGCAGUCCUGCCCAGCGUUUUCGGAAAUUCAUUCCGCGCAGGAUGACGAAGUCGACAGUCAAGCCGGCGUCCUGUCCAUCGCCACGGGCCAUGCUAGGCCUUGUGAAGACGAAGGCGUGGGGAGCGAAUCCAUGGGCUUCCGCAGUUGGUUCGAGGACCGAGUGGGUGCUCCACGACUUGUGAGGAAGGAAAAGCGUAGCCCAGAAGAGCAGGGACGACGGGACACCGCGCUGGAGAAGGUUCAUCACUUUGCCACUCGGUGUGACAUCUCUUUGCAUUCUGGUAUGCCCGUCCGCACAGCAAUGUCGUCUCCAGACCUACAGGGCAACAGCUUGGCACUGGAAGCCAUGAACGAUUCACCCGAGGACGCGCUGAAAGGCAAGCCUUCGCCCAGUCCGCCGGCGUCAUGUUUCCAGGCCUGUGGCGACUUGAAAUCUUUGACCAGGAAGUUGAUGGCGCUCAUCCAAGACUUCUUGGGCAACGACUUAGGAGUGGCAGAUCCGGGUUUCCAGGAUCGCGAGAAUGCCGUCAUAAUCUUCGAUUGGGAUGACACCCUGCUGCCCACAACGUACAUCUUGAGCACGGUGAUUCCUAGCCUGCCGGAGGAAGAUCGUGCUGGAGUACUUCCAGAGUCCUCGCCGCACCAGGGUGCACUCGCAGCUCAUGCUCAUCUCGUCGGGUUUCUGCUGCGGACGGCGCGGCGAGUUGCACGAGUAGCGAUUGUGUCCAACUCAUUGAGCCCCUGGGUCGAGGCUUCCUCGGCUCGGUACUUGCCGGGACUGGACUUGGAGGGCUUGCUCCGUGAGUUGGAUGUGCCGAUCUACUAUGCACGCAGGCAUUUGCCAAACAUACCCGUCACCUACAAGGUGGAAAAAUGGGAUGUCCAUCUGGAUCGUUCUUCCGGUGGUCGCAUCGGCGUGGACAUAAUCCCAGAGUUCGACGGCUCCUUGGCCGUGGCGCGCAUCGAGGAGGGCGGCUUGAUGGACAAGUGGAACCAGGAGCAUCCGGACCAGGAGGUGCAUCCUGGAGAUCGCUUCUCAGAGGUGAACGGCUCUAGCCAGCACCUCACGGCAGAGUGCCGCAAGAUGCAGCAUCUGCGGAUCACAGUGUACAGAGCCGUACCGGACCGGGACCCCUACGUUGAGGCCAAGCGCAUCGACAUGGUGGCCUGUCUGGAGAAGUUCUAUGGCCGACAUCAGAAGUGGCGGCAGAACGUCCUCUCCAUUGGCGAUGCAUGCACAGAGCAGCAAGCCAUCAAGGAGGUUCUGCAGGAUUCAGGCGUGGCGUCGACGAGCGCGAGACGGCCCCUGUGCAAAACAGUUAACCUCAUUGACACUCCGACGCUGGAACAGCUCAGUAACGAGCUUCGAAUUCUCCUGGUCUGGCUGUCGCACAUGGUUCAGUACCACAAGGAUUUUGACCUGUUCAUGGAUGGGUUGGAUGACUUAGAGGCAGAGCUCUUCAAAAAAGCUUGA